UAUUUUUCCAUCCGUUGACUUUUCCAAAACAAACAUAAAAAGCUGAUCGGAUCAGAGAUGGCGGCGACUGCUUAUGCGUCUCUAGUGUCGUUGCUGAAUACUAUGGAUCAGAUCCACACUCAUCCUUUCCUUUCCACUUGCUUCGACAUCCACCAGUUUCAAUCUCUUCGGGAAAAGGUUGAUUUUCUCAUCGAUUUUGUGGAGAAUUAUUCCGAAGAAGCAGAAGAUCUGAUGAGGCUGAUUGGGGAUGCAGCUCGUGAAGCUGAAGACAUGAUUGAAGUCGAAGCUGCUGAUCGAAUUAUUGCUUCAUCUGCUACCAAAAGUCUACUAAUGUUACAUUGCCUCAAGAAAAUGAUACGAGAGAUGAGCCCCAUCAAGGAAAAGGCUAUCAAGUUUAAAGAGGAAACCCCAUCCGUGAGUUCCAUGCCUCCACCAUCAUUGCCGUCGUCAUCAUCAGCUCCUCGAGCAGCUAAUAAGACUACCAUGCUGGGAUUUGAUGGCUAUGUGGCGCAGCUUCUGGAUGAGCUCAUUGGACAUGAUUCUCGAAGAAUACUCCCAAUUGUCGGAAUGGGAGGCGCUGGUAAGACCACUCUUGCCAAAAAUGUCUAUGAAAAUGCACUUGUGGUGUAUCAUUUUGAUGUUCGUGCUUGGGUUACUGUAUCUCAAGAUCAUAAUGCAACUCAUAUGCUGUCACAAGCUCUUUCUUGCCUACAAGUAGGGGAUAUCGAGAAUCAAUCUGAUGAUCAACUAGGUGAAAAGUUGUAUAAAACUUUAAUUGGUCAUAGAUAUAUGAUUGUAUUGGAUGAUGUGUGGAGUGUUGCAGCUUGGGAAAAGAUUAAGCCUUACUUCCCGGAAAAUGGUAAUGGAAGCCGGAUUGUUGUGACGACCAGGGAACAAGAAGUGGUUAAUUACUUUGGCUCCUCUUCACUUGCCGUGGAUUUUCUUAAUUAUCAAAAUAGUUGGGACCUUUUUUGUCAAGUGACAUUUGCAAAACAAAAUUGCCCCCCUCAGUUGCAAGAAAUAGCGAAGAGCAUUGUCACAAAGUGAGGAGGACUUCCACUUGCAAUCUGUGUUAUUGGCGGGCUUCUUGGAAAAGCUCCUAGAACCGAAGAGUAUUGGGAGCAAAUAAAAAAAGACAAGAGCUUGGUUAUGGAAUAUUCAGGUGAGGGAAACCAACCAUCCAACAUAUUAUAUAUGAGUUACAAGCAUUUGCCUGUUCGUUUGAAAUCAUGUUUUCUCUACUUGGGAUUAUUUCCGUAAGAUUAUUCGAUA